AUGUUUAUCGAUACCGCCACUGCGAACAGCCGGUCUUCCAGGCCCCAAGUCAUCAUUUCCCCAUCGCCGUACAAUGAUGGAGAAGAGCCGGAAAUGGACGCCUUUGUGGGACAGGCAUCAGAUGCGCCGCCCCCUACCUAUCUCGAGGCUACUACACCCGGUCUUUACACCAGCCGAAUGAGUGGAGAAGAGGGCGCCAGACUGCUGUCCUUUGACGGGAGGGAGGCGAGGGAUGCAACCUACAAGGAAGAGCAGUACGCCAGAAAGACUUUCAGAUCUCAGUGCUGUAUGAAGAGAAAUUGGAUCAAGUCGCUGGGCCUGCUGCUGGGCAUAAUGAUGCUGUCUGCCAUGUUGGCUCUAAUGUUGGCAGCAGUGGCUGUGCGAAGUGACAAGCACAGCAAGGUGGCUAGCGUACCACAGUCAGCUCAAUCGGCACAGGACGAGGCAUCAUACCCACAGGGAUUCAUCGAUGACGACUCCGACAAGCCAGACCUCAUCGCCAUCCCGUGGCCAUCGCCGUCUGCUUCAUCGACAGCACCGAAACAAGUCUUCCCUAUUCGGUGGCCAGCCAAGUGUGGAAAGCAAUACAAUGUCAAGACGGAAAUGUACGACUUCACCAACUCCAAGGAGCUCAACAUUGAGGAAGCCAUCCACCAGCUCGAUGGCCCAUACAAGCGUGUAGCGGGAUGGAUUCACGUUGCACGAGCACCAGAUGAGCAAGCACCAGGCACAAUCCAGGUGAAACUCUCAUAUGCAGUUUCCACAACCAUAGACGUCAACAGCGUCAAGUACUCUCAGACACCAUCAGGACUGGUUAUUGGCGACCCGACGUUCCCAGACGGUUUUGAUGGUGUGCGACCAGGCACUGCCUGUCUCGGCAUGUCCCUCGUCGUCUUCAUGGCACCAGGGGCUUCUUUGGAAAACUUGAAGGUGUCUUCGCUUCACAUGGGAAUGCAGGUACACAGCGGCGCCAACUUUAACGUCACAGAUACCACGUCCAUCUCCCUCACCACCGGCACCCUCGACGCCAUCAAAUUCUCCUCGAGACAGACGCAUCUGCAGACCAUCUCCGGCUCGAUUAGCGGAAAGUACGCCCUCAUGGAUCUCCUCUCCGUCACGACAAAGAGUGGAUCCGUCAACAUCGACAUCGAGCCCCAAGAAGCUGAGCCAGGAUCAACUAACCCUGCCGUCUUUAUGGUCGACUCACUCUCGGGUAGUAUCCGAACAGACUUCAAGCGCAAGCACAUCCCCGAGCGCGACUACCAGACCUACAUCAACACGACUGUCGGCUCUGUCGACGGAACCUUCAUCCACGGCUCAAAGACGGAGAUCAACUCCAUCGCCGGUCUCGUCACAGCAGACAUCCUUCCCUUCAAGUCCAAAGACUACAAGUCGGAGAUUUACACACAUACGCGUUCUGGAAAGACAGCACUGACCCUCCGCACGCCAUACAAAGCGAGGCGGGUGCCGAUCAGCGGACUCACGAGCACCCAUAAGAGCACAUCGGGUGAGAUCGUCGUCACCUACCCGCAAGAGUGGACUGGAAUGAUCGACGGCACAUCAAUGAACGGGGAAUUGCACCUCCAAGGCAAAGACCUGGAGUUGCUCAAGGAGAAUGACACGCCAGGCAAGAACCAUGUCGAAGCAAAGAAGGGGAACGGGGCCAGUAGUCUGACCUUUGACACUGUUAGUGGAGGCUGCGAGAUCAAAAUUGGGAAGCUGAAAUGA